CAGACCAUCAGUGAUCCUGGAUCAGUCGUGCUUGCGUCUCCUGAUCCCCCACGACUUGUGAUAUCUCCAGUAAAUUCUUUGGGCUUAGAAGAUUACCCCCUUGCACCGAGGCCAGAUUCCAAAAUUGAUACGGGGGAGCUGUUGCAAGAAAUGAAAGCAAUGUUCAAUGCGUUCAAAGUGGAUGUCGAGAAAGAUUCAGAAGCAUUGCGUGACAGAAUCAAGGAUCUCGAAGAGCAGCUAUCCCGCGACAAGACGAAAUCUAAAGGAGAAACAGACAACUCACAACCGGCUCCGGCUGCAGCGGAUAUCAUUAUACCUUCCAUCCCACCCUCGAUAAGGCUUGAUCCACACCGUGGUCCUAACGCAGUCACACCGCGUCCAACGAUAACCGUUGGUUCCACAGGGCCUAAUCCCUGGAUGCCUAAUUCACAGUCCUCGCCUAGUGCACUAGGCCCAGGUGCCUUUACGCCUUGGGUUUCCACGCAUCCUGUGGACACUGCCGUCCACACUGUCCACCCUUCUGCUCCGCCCUUUCCGCCUUCCCCUUCCUCUAAGAUACCUCCGUUUGCCCCCGGAGCAGUUCCUGGUGGGUGGAAGGCUGUGAAGCCCCAAGGUUUGUCAAGGUCUCGCACCACGGGGAACUUGGGGGGCGCUUCAUAUCCACCCCUAUCGCCAGCGCUAUAUUCCAAUAUCUAUGCGGGCUGCCCGCCUUCAAAUUCCACUCCAGAAUAUUUCGAGCGGAUGAAUGAUCCGAUGACAAACCUAGGUUAUACCACUCCAGUGUUCGCUUCACCACCAUACGGGUACCCCAACCAGGGCCCGCUGAGAAGGAGUCAUACAGAGGCAACUAUGCUUCCCCCAAUGCCGCACUAUUCUGCACCGCCCACCACUCAACCAUACCCUUCUCAACCGGCGUGGCGCACUUAUCUCCCAGCGCCUACCACGGUGCAACCUGCCCCGGCGCAUCGCUUUUCCAUUAAUCACAGCAUCCCGGUCACUGGUGCGCAGGAGCCCUCAUAUCCAAUAACCUAUGGUGGUGCACACCUUGGCGUCUAAGGUCAUGUGGGUUUAUAUAUCGGGCUUAUGCCAGCCUUUGCGAACACCGCUUUGUGUUCGCAUGGCAUCAUUCACCCCAUGUCGGCAUCCUUUUUCGUCAGAUCGCAUACCAUCCUCAAGGACUGUCCUGUUACGUGAAGGUCCACUGCGUGCUGCAUCUUGCCGCCUUGAUUCGCAAUGGAUGCCGACAGAUCUUAAUUUUCUCGGACUGCCUAUUGUUUCGAUUAUCUGAUACGGUUCUUCAUCCCCGAAUGCUUUUCACCCCCAAUGGUGAAUUUUAGCAUAUCCGACUGGUUUUUCUGUUACUUUCGACAAAAAAUUUGAACUGAAAAAUAAAACCUACUUGAUUCUAUGAUUUGGGAGCUUGAAAUGA